AUGCAGCUGUUGAGGUUCAUACCUCAAAUUUAUAACAUUGACGUUUCCUUCUUUAUAAAAUUGUACGAGAACAAGCUCUACAGGUACAAAUCAAGUUGCUCCAGGGUCCGUUUGUUCGGUUUGUUCAUGUUAGACGGAGUUUUACGCCUAGAUAAACACUCUUUUGAGGAUAAAUGUUGUAGAUUUGAAGAUUGCAAGUCUAAUUCUGGGUCAUUGAGGGAUAGACGUGCCCUGGAGGAGACGUAUCUGGCCGAAACAGUUGAUAGCGUCGGUUACGGCGAAGAAAAGUGUUCAUGUGUACUGGUAGAAGGCCUUUUGAUACUUUCAGAGUCUCUGGAAGCAUUUAGGAAUUUGGAUAAGGAGAAAGAGAUCCGGAACAUCCUCAGUGUAAAGGGCUCCAAUGAAGAUUCCAGCGAAUUUGCACCUAAAACUCAAAGUGUGUACAGAUUUUCUGACUCUAACAGAUUUGUCGUCUUUGCAUUUGUCGAUUUAAAGGGUCAUGCUUGUCACUACUCAAUUUGCAGCCCACUGGUAUACCCUGAGACUCCAUACACAAUCUCGUCUAGAAGCGAUGUUUGUAGUAUCAACAAGGGGGAUUUGGAUAUCAUUCUAGAAUUUUGCAAGAAUAACCCAUUGAAAUGUCCGAUUUUCGUGUACAAUAGGAGCUCUGGAGUCGUCACAAAUUUGUUUGAUUGCACCUUUUUGGACGACACUUUGUCCAUCACAGAUGAAACUUUACGACUUGAAGACUUGUUCUUUUGUUCCCUUUCAAAUUUGGAAUGUGGAGAUGCCUUGUAUCGGUACUGGCGUAGCUUUUUACUCCAAUUUACACUUGCAAAUGGAGUCUUUUCAAAGGUAGUUCACGUGGUAAUUAUAGGUCUCAGCGAAUUAGAGCGUGAUGGAGACGUAAAAUAUAAAUUGUACGGUAUAUGGGUGCCUCAGGAGAUAAAGUUUGAGAGGCUAUCAAUUUCCCAUGGCUUUAAGGGUUCACAGAGUGGAACAAAAUAUGAACAUUACUAUUCAUUUUCUGACUAUCUGGACCCACGAAAAGUUUGCAAAUUGGAUGAAGAAUUAAACCUCCAGCUUAUGACCUGGAGAGUGGUACCAGAGUUGAAGCUUGAUAGAAUUUCUAGGCUCAAUGUAGGUAUUAUAGGUGUGGGUGCACUGGGUUCUUCAAUCGCAAGACAAUUGCUCUCUUGGGGAAUCGGGGACUUUACAAUAGUUGACAAUGGAACAGUAUCAAAUGCUACAAGACAGGGACUAUAUACACACGAAGAUUGUCUUAAAAGAACCCCCAAAGUUGAAGCGGCUAAUACCAUGAUUAAGAGAAUUAGACCAGAUGCCAACGUAAAGUCUUUAUUUCUGAGAAUACCUAUGCCAGGCCACUACGAAUCGCAAGAGGAUAUAAAUAAUGCAGUGAAUGCCAUGGAGGAGAUAAUGGAUAGUUGUGACGUUUUGUUCCUUUCUACCGACUCCAAGGAAUCCCGGUGGCUUCCCAGCCUCCUGGCAUCCGUUAGAAAUUUCAAAGGGGAUAAUACUCCAUUGGUCAUAUCAGUUGGACUUGCAUUUGACUCUCUGAUGAUAAUCCGACACUCGUUUAGAGAGUUUGUCGGUGCCUGUUACUUUUGCAGUGAGUCAAGUGUCUUGCAAGACACUAUUUCUGGAAGGCCGAUUGAUGAAACGUGUACAAUAGUAAAACCGGGAAUAUCCACAACUUGCGCUUCACUGGCCGUAGAACUGCUCGUUAAUCUCACUCAGCAUGAGUCCGGAUUCGCGGCUCCGCACGGAUCAACUUCAUGCCUGGGCUGCAUUCCUCACUCGAUACGUCUCUCAAUCUCAGACUUGAAGAUAUCGCAGCUAUUCGCUGAACCUUCCGACAGCUGCAUCUGCUGUUCAAAUCGCAUAUUUUCAAGCUUUAUCAACGACGAGAAGUUUCUUCAAAAGGUUUACAAAGACACCAAGUACCUGGCUAAAGUUUCGGGGUUGACAUCCAUCGCCUCAAAGUGCGGCGACUACACGAUAGCGACUGAUGGCGACUUUAUAAUCCUCUAA